AUGGCAAUAUGGGGCUGCGGUCUGCUCGAGGCAGUGGUGGCAGACGCCGAGAACAGGGCGCUCAGCGCGCCCGUGCUGGCGCCGCCGGGAGCAUCGUCGCCGAGGCCGAACGCCUCGCUCGAUCGGAAUGAAGCUCGCUCGAGCGAGGAGGUUCUUCAGCCUCCGCAGCGGCUGAAAUUCGACGAGGGCGACGCGGGGCGGGCGAGCUCGACCUGGGCCGGCGCCCAGGAGGCCGAUUGCCGCGCAGACGCCCAGGGCGCCCCGGACGAAGCCAACGCAGGAUGCAGAG